AUGAUAAUGCAACUUGCUGAGGAAUGGUUGCAACUGGAACGAGCCCUGGGCUUCCGACCCGGCAUGAAAGGCUCAAUUCAUGAAAUCCGACAGGAUUUAAUGGCCCAAGCUGCUGCCGCGCCAAAACCUCCAUCCAACGACAAGGUCAGCAUUGGGAGCACGGCAGUCAAGGUUCGGACGUACACCCCUAAGAAUGCCAAUAUCAACGAAGGCAACCCAGUUAUCGCCAACUUUCACGGAGGAGGCUGGUGUCUUGGUGAUUUAGACGCCGACGACGGUUUGCUGAGUUGGAUCGCGAGUGACUUGGGAAUCAUAUGUGUUGGAGUUGAAUAUCGCCUGGCACCAGAGCAUCCUUGGCCAGCGCAGCUCGACGACUGCGUCAUCGGCGUCCAAUGGAGUUUUAGAUUCUCGAGAGGUAUCCUAGUAGACAGGGCUCCAGGCCUAACUUGGCUCUCAUGGGCACAUCUGCCGGAGCUCAACUCGCGCUGUCGGUCUGCGCAGAGCUUACCAAGAUCAAAACACCAGUUCUUGGCAUCAUUGCACUUGCUCCUUACACCAUCAAUUAAACGGCACUUCCCGAGCGUUACCAGGGGGAGCUCGUCUCAAUGGUUGAAAACUCGGAUGCGCCGAUUCUCACGACCAAAGUGUUUGAGGACCUUCUUGACUGGACAGGGUCGUCACCUACAGAUCCUCGUUUCUCAGUGCUACUGUCAGGAGAGUUGCCAAAGUUCCCGUCCACCUAUGUUCUCACUUGCGGUGCCGAUCCUCUUCGCGACCAUGGCGUUCUGCUACAGAAAGAGGUUCAAAGAUUCGGGCAUCUACCUCGCCUCCGAGAAAGAGAGAGAGAGAGUUUAA